CUAGGUGGAAUCUAAAGCGGUAAUUCCUAUUGGUUUUAAUGUGUAUAUGAAAAAGUUAGCAAUAUCAAUUGUAUCUAUGGCAAGCUGUUUGUAUUGAAAUAAUUCUAGCAGGAAUGGAUUUAACUAUACAUGUUAUAUAUUACACAGAUAUAUCAAAUUCUCAAAACUUGUAUUUACUUCAUUUGCACUUCUUAUGAAAUAAUAUUAGACUUUCACAAUAUUGCAUACUAUAUUCAAUUUAUAGCCAGCAUGAACCGAAACCCAAGAAACAAAGGAACAGAUAAAGAUCAUAAUGUGUAUGGAUUGAGGAAAGUAAGCUUCUGGGAAAAGUACGGCGUCCAACGAUUUCCUUAUCGUGGGAGAUACUCACCAUUUGCUUACAUUUGUACUUCAUUAUGAAAAUAAUAUGAUUUUCACAAUAUUGCACAAUACAUUCAAUUUAUAGUUAACAGCAAACAUGAACCGAAACUCAAGAAACGAUGAAAAGGAUAUCGAUCAUAAUGUGUAUGUAUUGAGGAAUGUGAACUUCUUGGAAAAAUACGGCGCCAAACGUUUUCCAUACCGUGGGAGACGCAGAUACACACCAUUUGUUUACCGAUCUGUAGAUGGAGGAAUUAUCAUCUCAAAUGACGUUUUCGGGCUGACAAUCAGACAGUUUGACCGAAUCUAUAAAGCUUGUUUAGACAGAAGGAAAACAAGAGAACAGAAUAUAAUUAAUGUAAGAUAUCCUGAUAAAACCUCUGAUGAAUAUCUUGAAUACUUACAGUAUAGUACAGAUUACAAUCAAGAUUACGUGACCUGGUCGGGAAGUAAUUUGCAGGAAAGAAACUUAUACGAACACUUAGUCAACACAGCUGGUACUGAAAUAGACAUGCGUAAAAGACAACAACUAUUUUUGACACAUGAUAUGAUACAAAAUGAAAUUAUGCUAAAAUUAGGUUCAAAAUUAACAGAAAUAACGGCUGGAAGUUUAGCAGAGGGACUGGAUAUACCAGGUAGUGACAUAGAUAUAAUGUACGUCAUCAAGGACGUAGACGUAAUACGGGAUGUAAAGAAUAUCAUACACCAAGUACAACGGACAACACUGGUUAUGGAGACUGACAAUGAAUAUCCUGGAUUUACUAGACUCCGAUUACUAGCAGGAGGGGAAGGAGAGUCUUAUUUUACACCACCUGAAUGCUUUGAAGUGACUAGAAAAGGCUUAUAUUUAUCAGUGAAUACAUUUGUUAGUAAUAUAAAAAUUAGGCAUCACGAUCAUUAUAUUGUAUCAUCUCACGGCCCCUGUUUAACACAUCACUAUCAAAACGUGGAUUAUGCAUACUGUCUUCGAAGUAAAUAUUUACCGUACAAUACAAUACCAUGGGCUUCGCGUUAUCGAAGGCAAUGGCCGCCCAAUUCUGUAAUUGACAAGAUUAAAAAAUACGGAUGUUUGUUAGUGCCUAUUGGGCCAAGGACUUUGCGAGAUUGUAAUGUGUUAUGGAGAUUAUCUUUCUCUGUUGCCGAAAAAUUACUUGUUCAUUCGUUUAAUUACAUUCAACUGUUGUGUUACUGUCUUCUCAAACUGACAUUAAAACAUAUCGUUAACACAAACACAUGUGCAAAAGGCUUAUUGUGCUCUUACUAUCUGAAAACAGUUUUAUUCUGGGUUUCUGAAGAAAUCGAUAUCGACACAUUCCAAUUAUUUAAAUUACAUUCUUGUUUUUCUCACUGCUUACGUAAAUUAAUAUUAUGGGUAAAUAACUGUUAUUGUCCGAAUUAUUUUAUACCUGCACAGAAUAUGUUCCUAGGAAAAAUCAGAACCGAUAACAAUGAAAUUCUAAAAAAUGUAUUGGAUAGCAUAGAGCGUGACGGAAUUGAUGGAUUGAUACAGAAUGUUCGUCAAUACGACAAUGUAAAUCCUCCUUUAUUAAGUUCUCAGCCUAGACCUUCUUUUGUAAUGUUAGACUUACUUUUUUACAGGAUAUCUCAUUUAGUAUUAGCUCGUCUGUCUGACAUAUCACAAUGUUUGAAAUUACUGAAUACUACUGAAUAUUUAAUUCAGUCGAAAUCGUCUGCAUUUAUUGUUGAUGUAUGUAAAUAUCAUCAUACUGAAAUAAGUCAGUAUGCAGCACAACUACUUCCAACGCAAACAGUAACGACUGAAAGGUACAACAUGCACAAACAUUGUCAUAAACAUUUACAGGACGGUAUUAAAGCAAAUGCUGUCUCGGGUUGGUUGUUAUACGCGUCGUUUUAUUAUGUAACAGGGCAGUUCAAUGUUACUCUAAGACUUACGGAUUAUGUUCUGUCAAGAUGUUCACCUGAUAUGAUACUACUUGGCGGUCAACAUUGCCAUGACAGACAUGUCAAUUAUUACAGAAAUCAUGUACAUUCCACAAUGACACUUCGUAACAAGAUGAGAAUGGCAGUUGUGAACAAUGUCAGAUACGUUCAGCAUUCAUCGUUAAUACCCCAUGAACUACAGCUGGAGGUGUGUGACCAUUACAUAGUUGUACCUCCCAUAGUUAUGUCUCACUUUCUUAGAUUUCUCUGCUAUCAUCAUACAGGCGAUUUUUUUAACAGACAACAGGCUUUAUGUGAUUUAUGUUCAACAGUGAAAGGAAGACAUUUAAUUGAUGUAAAUACCUUAUCUAUGUCAAUGACAAUACUUGGAGUAUGCUGUGAAAUAUCCAAUGAUACGGAUGCAGCCUACCAGUGUUAUAGGGAAGCUUUACAAUGUGACUGUUAUAUAUGUGCUACAGCAGAAACAAGACUAUCAAAACUGUAAACACUAUCUUUGUACUCUUUAGAUGCAUCUUCAUUUUACUGCAUGUAUGACAUUGAAUGAUAAUAUGACAUUAGUGGUCAGCUUCUUACAACACUUUUAAUGUAUACUAAUAACAUUAAUAUGUUCAAACCAAAUUAGACUUAAACAAACAUUGAAUUAAUAAACGUUUGAUCUGUGCACAUUUAGGGGAAUUAAAUGACAAAGUCACAUCCUUAACAAUUAUCCCCCUUAGGACAAAUGUGAAAGAAAUUAAUAUUUGGCAAAAGAAAUAUCAAAAACGAAUGUGCAGAAAACAAUAAACAACAAUGUAAACCAAUGCAAAUAAACUGUCAAUAAAAGUCACAAAAAUGUCAUAUAAAAACACAUGUUUGUUACCUUUGACGACGCAUCCGAAACUACAAUAAAAUAUUAAAUAUUUUGUUCCAACCUAUAACUUUUCAAUGAGAAACUUUCUUAUUUUUUGCAUUAUCUUGUUAUCAACUAUUUAAUUAUUAUUGCAAUUUUGAUGCUCCUUCAAUAAAUUGCCAUAUUAUAAUGCAAUUAGAUUUUAACAAUAAUUUUCAUUGGACGUUGACAAAUAUUUUGAGGGGUUAGAUCCCACGUUCUACCAGUCCGUAAGUAAGAAAGCCACCAUUUUUAAUUCUGAUUUUUUUAGGGUAUGUAAUUUCUCCAAUAAUAAACAAGAUAGUCACAUUUUGAGCCUCAAACUCUUCUUUUUUUGUCAUUAUUGAAACCAUUCUGAAGCGUACGAAAAGUAAAAAUACAUUUAGUAUUCAUGUUUGACAUCCAGACUAUACAUAUGACGACACAUUCAUGCCAUUUUUUAAGCCAAAAAAUUUAUUAAAUGACAUUUAUUUUAAUAUGUUGCAUUAGAAUGGAUAUAACUGUAUUUUAUUUUAAGCUUGGCCUUUGUAAAACUUGAUAUUACUGUCGCAAAUAUCCGUUUACCUAUCUCCUCUCCGCGUCGCUAGGUAAACUCAAUUUGCGACAGUAAAAUCUACGUUUUACGGAGGCCAAGCUUAAAAUACAAUACAGUUAUCUCCUAAAUCUGGUUAUAUGAUGGUUGUGUUAAAUCGAAACAUUUCCUUGGGAAGGAGGAGUACACACAUAUCGCUAUAUAGUAAGCUUCCAUUAUCAUGGUGAUUAAUCGAAUCAUUUCAUUAGACAGGAUUAGUACAUGAAUGUCCAUAUAGCACGUCAAUAUCAUGACGGUGAUGAAUCUAAUCGUUUCAUUAGACAGGAUGAAUACAUGAAUAUCGAAAUAGCACGUCAAUAUCAUGAUGAUGAUGAAUCUAAUCAUGUCAUUAGACAGGAUGAGUACAUAAAUAUCUAUAUUGCAUGUCCAUAUGAUCACGGUGAUGAAUAAAGCUAUUUCAUUAAACAGGAUUAGAACAUGAAUAUCGAUAUAGCACGUCAAUAUCAUGACGGUGAUGAAUAAAGUUAUUUCAAUAGACAGAACGAGUACACACACAUCUCUAUGGAAUGUUAAUAUCAUCAUUGCGAUGAAUCUAAUCAUUUCAUUAAACAGGAUUAGUACAUGAAUAUCGAUAUAACACGUCAAUAUGAACACGGUAAUGAAUCUAAUCGUUUCAUUAAACAGGAUGAGUACAUCAAUAUCGAUAUAGCACGUCAAUAUUAUGACGGUGAUGAAUCUAAUCGUUUCAUUAAACAGAAUGAGUAAAUGAAUAUCGAUAUAGCACGUCAAUAUCAUGACGGUGAUGAAUCUAAUCGUUUUAUUAAACAGGAUUAGUCCAUGAAUAUCGAUAUAGCACGUCAAUAUUAUCAUGGUGAUGAAUCUAAUCAUUUCAUUAGACAGGAUGAGUACAUGAUUAUCGAUAUAGCACGUCAAUAUCAUGACGGUGAUGAAUCUAAUCGUUUCAUUAAACAGGAUAAGUACAUGAAUAUCGAUAUAGCAUGUCAAUAUCAUCAUAGUGAUGAAUCUUAUCGUUUAAUUAAACAGGAUGAGUACAUGCAUAUCGAAACAGCACGUCAAUAUGAACACGGUGAUGAAUCUUUUUAUGUCAUUAGACAGGAUGAGUACAUGAUUAUCGAUAUAGCACGUUAAUAUCAUGACAGUGAUGAAUAAAGUUAUUUCAAUAGACAGGAUGAGUACAUGAAUAUCGAUAUAGCACGUCAAUAUGAACAUGGUGACGAAUCUAAUCGUUUCAUCAAACAGGAUUAGUACAUGGAUAUCGAUAUAGCACGUCAAUAUCAUAUUGACGAUAAAUCUAAUCAUUUCAUUACACAGGAUUAGUACAUGAAUAUCGAAAUAGCACGUGAAUAUCAUGACGGUGAUGAAUAAGGUUAUUUUAAUAGACAGGAUGAGUACAUGAAUAUCGAUAUAAAACGUCAAUAUCAUCAUUGUGAUGAAUCUAAUCGUUUCAUAAAACAGGAUAAGUACAUGAAUAUGGAAAAAGCAUGUCAAUAUCAUCACGGUGAUGAAUUGAGUAAUUCUAUUAAACGUGUUGAAAUACUACAGGUUAUGCACUCUCUGUAUACUUACACAGUUGUAGCAGAUAUAAUGACGCUGACAGGCUGGUGUGACAUUGUUUUUGAACGGAAACUUUUUAAAUAAUAGGAUACUACAACCACUUGAAAAUCCUGGAUUAGGCUUGAAACAGCGAUAGCUAACUGCUGUUAUCAUUGGCCAUGAACAGCAAAUGAAGACGACUGUUAUCACACUUAUAUUAUAGUUCGUUUUUGUGUGUGUUACAUUUUAAUGUUGUGUUUC